UUCAAAACUUCCAGAAAAUCUGCAAAGAAAGGUAAUUUAACAAAGGUAUCUUUCUUUGUCUUUACAACAGUGUCAGUACCCUAGUAAGAAGGAUUUUGUUUGUUUUUAGAUGUCUAUUUCACUUUUAUCUUAAUUUUUAUAAUUGUUUAAAUACAGACGAGCACAAUAAAAUAACAGAUAUCGUUGGUCUGUCACUCAGAACUGACAUGUAUCCAGGCCUAUCUCUCUUGAGGAAUCACCCCAGUAGGCAGGCAUAGCUGAGUAGUAAACUUCUGUCACUUUGCUGUGCCCUAUUCCCUGGUAUCCUUAGCACUUCGCCUUUGACACAUAGCAAGUCUUCUAAAGUGUGGCCUUUCCUUUGACAUGGUUGGGAAAAUACCUGGUAAGUUACCUAUUUGCCUGCAAACCCAACACUUCCGAAGCAAAGUCAGAAAGAUCAGACAUUCUAGGUUAUGCCUGUAAUCCCAGCCCUCUGCAGGCGGAGGCAGGAGAUGCCUCCUUAAGGUUUAUAGUAAGUUCCAGGAUACCCUCGGCUACAUGAAGUACCUUCUAAAACUGUAAUCAGUGAGUAUAGUGGUGGAUGUCAUUAAUCCAAACACUGAGGCAGAGGCAGGGUGAUCUCUGUGAGUUUGCAGCCAGUGUGGAGAGAGUGUGAAUUCCAAGAUAUCCACACGGUGUUUCCCAGAGAAACCAAGUCUAAAACAAAACUAAAUAAAAACAUAAAACAAGAGAAUGAAGAGCAGCAGAAGAAAUGAAGAUGUUUGCCAUUUGCUUCUAAAUAUUUGCAGUUAAAUGUUUUUGAAACUACAAGUAAAAAUCCACUGUAGACAGUUUUGUUAUCUUUAUAAAGUUGGGUGGAUCCUAAGCAACCAGCCUUGACAUUAUUAAGUAUUCUCCUUAAGGAACACUUCAAGGUUUAACAUUUUUAGGAAAUCUGAUUAUACAUGUCUUUCCUCAGAUGACACAACAGGAUGACAUUAUGACACACACUUGCUCAUGUCCCCCACCACAUUUCCCCCCAACUCCACUCAGUAUUUCCUCUCAGGGAUGCUGUAAGACUUGCCUGAGGCCACACUCAUUUCCCCAGUUCCUCUGAUACUGUGGAGAUGAUACAUUAGAGGAGGAGUUUACACAUACCUUUCAAACCCUGACUCUCAGUGCUUGCCGGAUCAUUCCUUCUCAGUGUCCUGCCCAGCAAAGGAGCAACUCAUCAUCAUGAUGCCCGGAGGCUUGUCAGGGGCUAGACCUGCCACACCAGAAAUCUACCUUGCUGACAAAGUCAGAGCAUUGCUUGAAGAGAAAAUCAAUGCAAAAUAUGAAAAAUUCAAAGCCAUUGAGUAUAAAUCUCAAGUCGUUGCUGGACAAAAUUACUUCAUUAAGAUGGAUGUAGGGGGUGGUUGUUUCCUCCACAUAAAAGUCUUCAGAGGACUCUCUGGAGAAGAUAAUUUGGAACUUAGUGAUUACCAGACUAACAAAACCAAGAAUGAUGAGCUGUCCUACUUCUAAGCAGCAAAUUCUAAAGUAACCUGAUUCCUCUCUUUGUAAGCAGAGGCAGCUGUCAAUAAAGAAGCAUUCAUAAAAUAACUGUUUUACUCCCUCAUUACUCAGUAUUGUGUUAACCUGGACUACA